AGAUGAGGGCCGAUGGAGGGGUUUGGAAAGUCGAGAGCAUACGGCAAAUGAUGACAAGUUUUGAACGUGUGCCCCGUUGUGCAGUCAAAGUGUAUAGGUGCUACACUGUAGCUGUAGGGAUGACCAAACAUCACAGUGUAGGGAUGUGUAGUAUGUGGCCAUUGGUUCAGCAACUGAAGGGUGAUUCAUCUACUGUGAGUUAUCACUAGACAUCUAAAACACUAUGACAUUGAUGUGAUUCUGCCUCAAGUAAGGAAAUAGUGUUAGCGUUUAUGUUAUAAAAUUAUCUGCAAUACAAAAAAAGAAACAUACCAAGGCUACAUGUAGCCAUUAGCUGCAUACUUUCUUAUACAUGGAUUUCAUGUACUGAAGCAUACACAAGUGCAGAUGAAGUGUUAAUCAUGUGAACUCUACUAUACUUGAAGAUCUGGUUUACAUUGUGGAUGAUAUGUGUAGUUUCAUUACAAAAAGCAAUCAGGAGAUUGACUGGUUCACAUGAACAUGAAUGGAUAAUUAUACUAAAUACAAGAACACUUACUCAAUCAUGUUUAUCAUUAUAAUGCCUGUGCUUCCAAUAUGAUGACGGGACAUACAAUGCAGAAGUUUUGUUUAGUUAUAUCAUUAGUGAUACAUUACUCACUUGAAGACCAGCUUGUCCCAGAAUUUCCAGUGUCAGGAUUCAGUUGUGAUCAUCAACCAGCAUCUCGAAAUGAGGUUAUCCUAGAUGUGAGCCUGGAUUCAGAACCUCACCACGUUGUUCGGAAGAGGAGUCCUGACCAGCCUCUGAGGAUCCAUCUGCACUAUGACAACAGUAUAAGUUUUCUCCCGGCCUCCCACCGCUCUCUAAUUGAAACCUUGGUAAGGGAAGCAGUCGACUACUGGGAGCGGACUCUCUCUGUACGACGCACCAUUGGUUCCAUCAGACUCAACAGGCAGUGUCAGUCAGAUGAAGUACGAUACAGAGACAUUGACAAGGGACGAUAUUGUGUGGAUGGAUGUGCUGCCCUCACGAAAUGUGGUGACAUUUUUAUACCCUUGGAGCAUUUAGAGAGGUGUUAUCUGUGGGACAGUAGGUUCAAUAUCUGGAGAAGUACAUCAGAUGCUGGUCCAGGCGUCAACAACACUGACUUCAUUCUCUAUGUUGCUGCUCUCUCAACACCACGAUGCCGUAAGGCACGUACCAUAGCAUAUGCAGCACAUUGUCAGCAGGAGGCAGCUCUGGAUAGACCAGUAGCAGGCUACUUCAGUAUUUGUCCAGAAUCCAUAUCCAUCGAAAAGCAAGAUCAUCUUCAGCUGCUAUCAACGCUUAAACAUGAAAUUCUCCAUGCAUUGGGUUUUACAGCUGGCCUGUAUGCCUUUUAUUAUGACCGAAAUGGAACUCCACUGACCACACGGAAUUCAAUAUCAGGGAAACCUUGGUACAACCCACAACUUAGUUUGUACCAGUGGAGUGACAAAGUGGUGAAGACAUUUAAACGACAGAACUGGAAGAAUCGCAGUGGCUACACAUCAAAGUCAAUUAACAUGAUUGUCACUCCCCGUGUGGUGGAUGAGGUACGGCGUCACUUCAAUUGUUCCACUCUAGAGGGAGCCGAACUUGAAGACCAAGGAAUUGUGGGUACAGCUCUCACUCACUGGGAAAAACGAAUCUUUGAGAACGAGGCUAUGACAGGGACAUACACACAAAACCCUGUGAUUUCCCGUGUGACCUUGGCUUUAAUGGAGGACACUGGAUGGUACAGUGUGGAUUACAGUAGUGCUGAGGAGUUGGAGUGGGGGAAAAAUCUGGGCUGUGACUUUGUCAAGAGGAGUUGUCUGGAUUGGAUUGUGCGCAAUAGAGCCAAGCGAGGUGAUAUCCAUCCAUUCUGUGAUGAGGUGCGGAGAGGGGUACUGAAGACUGACUGCACAAGGAACAGGGACUCGGUGGCCUUCUGUAACCUGGUGGAGUACAAUAGUAGUCUUCCUCAACAGUAUCAGUACUUCAAUUCCCUGAAUGGUAUACCAGCGUAUGCUGUGGGGAACUAUGGCGGUUCUGUGUCUCUGGCAGACUACUGUCCCUACCUACAGGAGUUUGCCUGGCGUAACGGGGAGGUGACAGUUAGAGAUUCCAGGUGUUCUCUAGUAGAAAACAAUCCAGAUCCAACCAUUAGCUUCUUUGGAGAGACUUAUGGCUACGAUAGCAAGUGUUUCAACCAUGAUAGACUCUGGAAACUACAACAGUGUUCCAGUCUACUGAGUCUGCCACACUGGGGAAGUGGCUGUUAUCAGUAUCACUGCAGUAGUCAAGCUGGACUUGUGCUGAACAUUGGUGGUCAAUCUCAUCGCUGUGUACAAGAAGGUCAGAGAGUAGCAGUAAGCUACACAUCAAACCACUAUUUACACUCUGGGUCAGUCAUCUGUCCCUCGUGUACAGAAAUGUGUCGGAAGUCUGGUAUCACAUGUCCACCUGAGCAACAACCAUAUAAUGUGAUACGCUCCAACAGUCAGCUAGCUGUUCCCUGCAGCGCCAAGGCUCCAUUCUACAGUCCAUCCUCUGGGAUCGCUGCCAUGUCCAUCAUUGCCAGUUUUAUCCUCAUAAACUUUUGUCAGAGAUAACAUUAGAUUGUCUACUAGGCAUUUAUCAAAAUUUCUAUACAACUUUUUCAAAUAUAUUACCUAAUAUAACACCCACAGUAUUUUAUAAUGAUCUACUUUAUCGGAAAGUUCUUAUUUUCUUUUCACUAAAAUCCCAAUAGUUCAUGUAUGUUACCUGUGAGCAAGAUAGUUUAUUUACUCUUAACUCUUUAUCUUAAGUUUACAAUGCUUUUCAUUCUAGAAUUUUUUUCU